AAUAUGGUAUUUACGCAUUGACGUCCAAUAGAGCAUCACCCAGCUCUACCUUAACUGAGUUGGCGCGUUCCUCUGCACAAGCAUAGCUGAGCCCGGACAUACCUUGAAACAUACGAAUGGAUGUUUUACCUAUCAGCUAACCAACCUAUUGAUGACGUACAUGGAACCAUUUGUAGUGCAUACGACAUCUGAGCAGGCAAACAUGAAAUAACCCGGAUGAAUUACUUCCUGGUACAAAUGGCGAGCGGCAUGAAAGCAGUGUUUUUGCCGGGGCACUUUUCAAAAGUGUUAUUUUUGUUGAUUUAUAUACAUUUUACACGCCCGUUAUAUGCUGUGUCAGAGCCGGGUAAAUGGAUCCUAGACGUCCGUGAUGAAACUUUGAAGAAGCAGAGCUUUUUCCUCUUCACCAAAACAAUGUUUAACAGUACUGUCAUUAAUCUAAAAUGGUUGAGCGAGAAGUGUGAACCUCCAGUAAAGCUCAGCAUCUCCUGGUACCUGAGGAGCUCCCGUUGCUUCGAUGAGGUGUUUGGCCUUAAUCCUUCAAAUGCUGGGAGCUACUUCAGGUCGACUGCUGUGAAGCAGGAAGGAGGCAGUGGCUUCUACGUGUUCCACCAGUACCCCGUCAUUGAGUGCAAGCAGUCCACCACCAGCAGUAAGUUCUUUCUUGACAAGUUUGAGGAACCGACUAGACUCACUGAGCCUGUCAAACCACAGCCUGUGACUGACAAGGACCAUGGGGUGAAGAAAAGGAGCCCUAAAGAUCCAAAGGAGGUGGUUUCAAAGGAGCAUCACUUUGACGCCGUGGCCCGGACCUGGGAUGAUGGCCCCUACAUGUUCAUCGUCCACAUCGAGGAGGUCAAGGAGAGGAGCAACGCCACCCCUGUCUCCGUCAUGGCACAGAACUGGGAAAUCAAACUGGAAGUCAGUAUGAAGGGACCUCAUGAUUACAUCUCGGCUUCAGAAUGGCCUCUAAUGAUUUUCUACAUGGUGAUGUGUAUCAUCUACGUGCUCCUGGGCGUGCUGUGGCUGGGUCUGUCCGCCUGCUUCUGGAGGGAUCUGCUGAGGAUCCAGUUCUGGAUCGGCGGGGUCAUCUUCCUGGGCAUGCUGGAGAAAGCCGUGUUUUACGCCGAGUUCCAGAGCAUCCGCUACGACGGCCUGUCAGUUCAGGGGGCGGUAGUGUUCGGAGAGGUCUUAUCAGCGGUGAAGAGGACCCUGGCUCGCGUGCUCGUCAUCAUCGCUAGUCUUGGUUAUGGAAUUGUCAAGCCCAGGCUUGGUGCCCUCUUACACAGAGUGGUUGGGGUGGGGCUGCUCUACCUUGUGUUCUCCAUUGUUGAAGGAAUCCUGAGGGUCAAUUCGGCUGAAGAUGAUCUGGUGCUGCUGGCUGCUAUUCCUUUGGCUGUGCUCGACUCUUCUCUCUGCUGGUGGAUCUUUAUCAGCCUGGCCCAGACCAUGAAGCUCCUUCGCCUUCGAAGAAACGUGGUCAAGCUCUCCCUCUACCGCCACUUCAUCAACACUCUCAUAUUCGCCGUUAUUGCCUCUGUCAUAUUUAUUAUCUGGACAACAAAGACCUUCAAGUUUUCCAAGUGCCAGUCGGAUUGGAGGGAGCUGUGGAUAGAUGAUGCGUUUUGGCGGUUCCUCUUCUCAAUCCUCCUGCUUGUCAUCAUGUUCCUCUGGAGGCCAUCGGCCAACAACCAGAGGUAUGCCUAUAGUCCCCUUGUUGAUGAGGAGAGUGACGACGAGGCCAAGGAACAGCUGAUGAACGAGGCCUUUGAGGGUGUAAAGAUGAGAGGUCUGAAGUCUGAGACAAAUGGAACAGGCAAGCCAAGCAAAGUGGAUGAGGAUCUGAAGUGGGCAGAAGAGAAUAUCCCCUCUUCAAUUGCAGAUGUUGCUCUGCCCCCUCUGCUGGACUCUGAUGAGGAGGCCAUGACAACCAAACUUGAGAUGUCAAAAAUGGAAUAGAUGGCGAGGGUGCAGGCAGAAUGUUGGACAAGACUGUCUCUGUAUGUAGGAAACUUGUAUGCCCUUUAUGAGCUUUGUAAGCGACAUUUGUAAAUAUGAUGGGGUCAACUGUGAAAGCUGAGCAGUAUUGAGCAGAGGCACUAGAACUUUUUUUUUUUUUUUUUUACUGUUUGUAUUUAUAUUUUCAUGGGUAUAUGGUUCAUAUUUUUUUAGAUUUACUACAAAUUGUAUCUUGCCGGUCACUGUUUACAUAUCUGACGGGCAGAAUGUGACUCACUUUUCAAUAUGAAGACCUGCACUUGACCACAAACAAACUACGAUACCUUAAUAACUGUCAUGUCACAUACUCUGUUCACCACUAGUGUAUUCUACCUGGCCUGUGUGCCAUAAAGCAGACUUUUAGAGAGUGACUGUUGUCCAUGUGGUUGAAAUGCUGGAUGAAAUGUACCUGAGGACCGCGCAGAACGGCAUCACGACAGGAUUGAAAGGGCCUGCAUUUCCUUUAUGCGAUUUAAAUUCAACUAUCUGGUUAACAAAUCCAUUGACAAUACUCCGGGGUAUUUUUUACUUCCAUUUAUUGAUUUUGUAUUUACUAUAAUAUUGUAUUUCAUUUGUGUUAUAUUGCUUGUUAUAUUGUUUGUUAAUAAAUGAACUGCUAACACGGGUAUAAAAAACUAA